AUGGGAUGUACACUGAGCGCCGAGGAGCGCGCCGCUCUGGACCGGAGCAAGGCCAUCGAGAGGAACCUGAAGGAGGACGGCCAGACGGCCGCCAAGGACGUCAAACUGCUGCUGCUCGGCGGCGGAGAGUCCGGUAAAAGCACCAUCGUCAAACAGAUGAAGAUUAUCCAUGAAGAUGGCUUUUCUGGGGAUGAUGUGAAGCAGUAUAAGCCUGUGGUCUACAGCAACACCAUCCAGAGCUUGGCAGCCAUCCUCCGAGCCAUGGACUCACUGGGCAUCGAGUUUGGAGACAAGGAUAGAAAAGCCGAUGCCAAGCUGGUGUGUGAUGUGGUCAGUCGUAUGGAGGACACAGAGCCGUACUCUGCAGAGCUUCUUACAGCAAUGACGCGUGUCUGGACCGACGCUGGGACUCAGGAGUGCUUCAACCGUGCCCGUGAAUACCAGCUUAACGACUCUGCUCAAUACUACCUGGACAGUCUAGAUCGGAUCGGGGCACCAGACUAUCAGCCCACAGAACAGGACAUCCUGAGAACCCGAGUGAAGACCACUGGUAUCGUUGAAACCCACUUCACCUUCAAAAACCUCCAUUUCAGGCUCUUUGACGUGGGAGGUCAGAGGUCAGAGAGGAAGAAGUGGAUCCACUGCUUUGAAGAUGUGACGGCCAUUAUCUUCUGCGUCGCUAUGAGCGGAUACGACCAGGUGCUCCAUGAAGACGAGACUACUAACCGCAUGCACGAGUCGCUCAUGCUCUUCGACUCCAUCUGUAACAACAAGUUCUUCAUCGACACCUCCAUCAUCCUCUUCCUCAACAAGAAGGAUCUGUUUGCUGAGAAGAUCAAGAAGUCCCCACUGACGAUCUGUUUUCCAGAAUACACAGGUGCUAAUACUUACGACGAUGCUACUGCAUAUAUUCAGGUUCAGUUUGAGAGUAAGAACCGCUCUCCCAAUAAGGAGAUCUACUGUCACCUGACCUGUGCCACAGACACAGGUAACAUCCAGGUAGUGUUUGAUGCCGUCACUGACAUCAUUAUUGCAAACAACCUGAGAGGGUGUGGCUUAUACUGAGGCCUGGCCAAGCACAGAGGUUGUCAUGGAGAGUAUGAGGUGUUAAUAAUGAUAAUUUUGAUGAUACUUAAACACAUAAAAUAUGUAAUUCUACACGUCCGAAUGGACCCAAAGAGCUGCCGUCAGACACCACACUGGAUUUAUUGCCAUGAUUUCUCCCCUUUUGUCUCUUUUUUGAUUUCCGUACACAACCCCAGUUUUUGUCAUAUCAAAAUGUGUUUUUUGAGCUGAAUGUUUCAUGUUUUGUUGAUGAACGUGU